AUGCUCCUAUUUUCCAUGAACAAAGGAAAGAAGCAAAAAUAAAAUUAGGUUAGGGAGCCUUUUUCUCAUUGCGCUGCGAAGGUGUGAUUUCCCUGUAUUGUUUGCUUGAGCUGGUAUGGGAGGUUUUUCAGACGGGCGGUUUUCGGUGAUUAGUGGUUUCUCUGAUCAGAGGCUUGCUUUCUGGUGAGUCCUGCGUUUUGUUGCCUUCUUUUUGUUUUCUUGCGCAGCGAGAGCAUUUGCUGGUAUCGUUGCCGUAAUAAUGGGUACACAGUUUUCAGCAAUUUUGUGAAAGGUGGUUUUGAGGGUUUGGAUAUGUAUGAUGAAGUAGUUGGUGGUUUUUUAGAGCGGAUUUGUAAGGGUUAUUUUGGGGUUUUCUGGUAUUGGAUGGGAUUUAAUAGACCGGUUUUCUAAGAGCUGUUUUGGGUUUCUUUUUUGUUUUAUUUGAGAUUGAUGAUGAUGAAAAGACUGUUUUGUGUGAUGUUGUGUGCUGUUGUUAUUGUUGUCGUCGGGGGUUCUAAGGAGAGGAUUUGGCUCGAUGGAGUUUACACAUAGAUUGGGUUUUUAUCAAACUUAUGACAUCAUCAACAAAAAAAUUAAGAGAAAAAAGGCAACAGAUCAGGGAAGAGAGAAUAAGAAGAAUCAGGCACUUGUUUUGCCAAAAAGGGAAUCAGAUCUGUCAGGUUGCGGUGUUAAUUGAGGUGGAUUCUGUUUUUAAGUCUGGAGAUGGGGUUUAGUUGAAUUGACUUCAAAGUCUGUGGAUGGGGUUUCGUUGAAUUCAGUUUGAGUACACAACCCUCAGGUGUUUUGGUGCCGAGUCGUCUUUGUAUAUGGAGAUGUGCUGUAUGGGGUCUAUGUGAAAGAGAUACUAAACAUUUUUCUUGGAACUAGUGUAACAUGUGUGGGUACAGGACGUUGUCAUGAAAAUUUUGAUAUAGCUAUUUGCAUUGUCCAAACACCUUUGAUCUAGAGUGAAUCCUCCUGUUUCAUGUAGGAGCCUGUCUUGUUAUUUCACAUUGCCACCAUCCUUGUUCAGAAGUAGUAGACACGUUUUGGCCAUUGUCCCCAAACUUGACCUCUGUUUAAUAGCCGGUCCCCACAAUUUUGAACCAAGAACCCUCACAUUUCAUGUUCCUCAACGUCUUUGUUCUGUCGUUAAUCUUCACACUUUCUGUCCCAGGUACGAUAGAUUAAGUCAUUACGUUUUGAUUGCAUUUGUUCCAUCGCAAUUCAACACGUUUACACCAGCUUCGUUUCUUUCACACAGGAUCUGCUUUGACAAAUUUUCAGGGUUUAUUGGGGGUUUGUUGAACAGAGAGAUUCGAGUAGUGUAAAUAUGAUAAUGGUUAAGGUUUGUUUGGGGAGUGUGUGAAAAUUACCGGUCAUAUCCAGCUUUUAGUGGUAUCUUGUUAGAUUCUGGCUCUAGUUGCUUAUAUCCCGAGUCAGUUUCUCUGGUGGUGUAUCGACGGGCAUCACCAUAGGGUUAGAUCUCCUGUGAAAGUUGUUACAUUUUUUGAAGUUGCAAAGAUGAGCCUCAGAACACCUCAACAGCCGGCAGCAGACAUCCGUCUGCCUGCAGACAUAGAUUGGGAAAUGCUUGAUAAAUCAAAAUUCUUCAUUCUUGGGGCAGCUCUGUUCUCGGGAGUAUCAGCGACACUCUAUCCAGUUGUUGUUCUGAAGACCAGGCAGCAGGUUUCAUUGACACAUCAGUCUUGUAUGAGUGUUGGGGUGAACAUUUUGCGCCAUGAGGGUUUUACAGGCAUGUACAGAGGCUUUGGAACUUCACUCAUGGGGACAAUACCAGCACGCGCUCUCUACAUGAGUGCACUUGAGAUCACAAAGAGCAAUGUGGGCAACACUGCUGUUCGGCUAGGGCUUUCAGAACCUGUAGCAGCGGCUGUUGCAAAUGCUGCCGCUGGCUUGAGCGCAUCUAUGGCUGCACAAUUGGUUUGGACUCCUGUUGAUGUAGUUAGCCAGAGGUUGAUGGUACAAGGUGGGCAGGGCAUGUCUCAAAGGUCUACAAAUUACACUGGUGGGAUUGAUGCAUUCAGAACUAUUAUUAAGACCGAUGGAUUGCGAGGGCUGUACAGGGGCUUUGGCAUGUCAAUUCUUACUUAUGCACCAUCCAAUGCCCUCUGGUGGGCCUCGUACAGUAUGACACAGCGGAUGGUGUGGGCAGGCCUUGGUUAUUGCAGAAAGAGAGAACAGAACAAAGAAUCAUUUGCCCCAAGUUCCAAAAUGGUCAUUGCUGUUCAAGGGUUGAGCGCUGCCAUGGCUGGGGGCGUGUCUGCACUAAUUACAACUCCUCUUGACACCAUCAAAACAAGGCUGCAAGUUCUUGAAGGUAAGGAAAAUUGUCGACCUACUAUAAACCAGACUAUCAAAACACUCUUGAAAGAGGGAGGAUGGACAGCUUGUUACAGAGGCUUGGGCCCAAGAUGGGCUACCAUGUCAAUGUCUGCCACCACCAUGAUUACAACUUAUGAGUUUCUUAAGCGAAUGUCAACUAAGCCACAAGAAGAGUCGAGUCAGAAAACAAAUUAGAGUUUUCAGAUGCAUGGGAAAUUUUACUAGAGACCUGAUUAAAAGAUAACAUGCUAAAGAAUACCAGGUCGAUCAGAAAUAGAAUUGAUCUCAUGAUCCAAAAUUCUGGCUUAUGCUUAUAGAGCACUAGUGGGCAAAUAAAAUGAAGAGACUACCAUGUAUUAGUCUACUGUAUAUUGAGAAGGACAAAUCUAUAAUGUGUAACACCUACAUGUUUUAAAAGCAGGCUUUUUUUUA